AUGGUUACCGUUUCAUCAGCCUCAUCUACUGCCCCGACCGUGUUCCCUCUUAUGCAAUGUGGCCCCGGGGCCGGAGAUAUGCUAAAUCUAGGUUGCAUUGCCACCGGCUUCACGCCUGCCUCCCUCACCUUCAAAUGGAAGGACACCGCCGGGAGAGCCCUGACUGACUUUGUCCAGUACCCCGCGGUCCAAACCGGUGGAAAGUACAUUGGAGUCAGUCAGCUCCGCGUAAAAAGGGCAGACUGGGACAACAGGAAGACUUUCAAAUGUGCCGUGGAACAUUCAGCUGGUUCAAAGGAAGUAAUAAUGCAGAAACCAGUGCAGCGGUUCAUUCCUCCAAACAUCAACCUGUACCCUCUCUGGGAGGGCGUGGAGGGAGGAUCGAAGGUGGGACUCCUCUGCAUCCUGAGUGGGUUCUACCCUGACAAGCUGAGUGUGGAGUGGCUGCUGGAUGGCAAGGCUGUGACCACCUCUCCAGUCCAGCGGAAGCUGCAGAGUGUAGAAGGUGAGGAGAAAACUUUCAGCCUGAACAGCCAGCUGGAUCUGGACCAGAGCCAAUGGAUUCAAGGGUCAGAGGUCACAUGCAAGGCCACCCACAAUGCAGCACAAGGACCACCUCCAGGACCACCAGUCUCCAGGACCAGCAGCAUUUGCUCAGCGUUUCCCUCAUCUACUCCAUCCAUCCACCUGGAGAUCCCAAGAUUCAGGACAGUGAUGACACAGACUGCGGUAACAGCUACAUGUGUGGUCAACUCUGCGUAUGAUGCCAAAGUGUCCUGGCUUCUGGAUGGAAAAGACCCAACCAACGGGACCCCAGUGAACCAGGCCAGCAGCACAACUCAGAGCAUCAGCAGUAACCUGACUCUUCCCUCAAGCCAAUGGAAAAGACUGAACACAAUAACAUGCAGAGCUGAACAUCGCUGCUUCAACCCCACAGAGAAGACCAGCAAUGUUAAAGGACCUGCAGUGAGCAGCACUCCUACAGUGCUGAUCAGGAGGUCUCUCCCAGAGUUCCUGAAGGGAGACAGUGCUGUGCUGGAGUGUGCCAUCACACAACUCUCCUACAGUGACCUCUACGUCACCUUUCAGGCCAAUGGGGUUGAUUUCCCUGAGAAACAGUAUGUGGAUCUGCCUGCCUCCAAAGACCACCAUUCACUCACCAGACGCUUCUCUGUCCCCAAAUCACACUGGAAGACAGACAACACUUUCACCUGUAAAGUGAACCAAGGCUUCUCCAACAACUGGGCGUCUAACUCCAUGGGAAAGCUUUUUGAGGAACCGUCCAUGGAGCUCCUUCUAGUCCCCAGUAAGGAGCCGUCUGGCUCAGGGACCCAGAAACUCAUGUGUUCUGGGUGGGGCUUCAACCCUCAGAUCAAGUGGCUCUCUGGGUCUGAAGAAAAGUCUGCAGCAGCUAAUGAGAGAAGGAUGGGGGAAAACGGGCUUUUGGCAGUAACCAGUCAUAUCACAGUAACACAGCAGGAGUGGAACCAGGGUAUGGUCUUCACCUGUGAGGUCAUCGACACGGAUCUUCAGAAAGUCAGGAAGAGCAUCAAUAUAUGUGCAGUGACUCCAAUAUCAUCUCAGAAAGUGGGGGUUUACCUACAAUGACCCACCCUUCAAGAGCUGAGGACAGAUGGACCGGUGCCUGUCACCUGUCUGCUGGUGGGUCUCAGCCUUGGGGACUUUUCUGUCACCUGGAAGGUGCAUGGGGUUGUGGCUUCUCAAGGUGGGGUCACACCGACCGCCAAGGAUCAUUCCAAUGGGACACAGACUGAGCAGAUCACGUUUAACGUGUCUGCGAGGGACUGGCAUGCACACAAACGUGUGUCUUGUGAGAUGAAGCACCGCUGCUCCAGCCAAGCCCAGGAGGAGCAUAUCACCAAAUGCAGAGAUCCCAAGCCACCCUCUAUAAAGAUAGUGAGACAAUCAGAUUCUGAUCUAUGGGGGUCAAAUAAUGCCACACUGCUUUGCUUAGUGUCUGGGUUCUUCCCCUCUGAUGUAAUAGUGAAUUGGGAGAAGGCUGGCAGUCGCCUACCUUUAUCUCGCUACUCCAGUAGCCCUUCAGUUCUUUAUGCAGGGAGCAGCACCUACUCCAUGAACAGUAGACUCAUCGUGCCCAGGUCCGAGUGGAAUCAGAACUCCAAUUACUCCUGUGCUGUCAGACAUGAGUCAUCCGAGAGACCUAUCACCCACACAAUAGAGAAUGUAUUUGGCUCAGUGACCCCCUCCGCACCAACAGCCACCCUGCUCCAGGGUCCCAGUGAGCUCGUCUGCCUGGUGCUUGGCUUCAGCCCUUCAGACAUCAACAUCACCUGGCUGCUGGACAACGUCACAGAACUGUGGAACAACAACACUAGCACCCCCUACAGGGCACCAGGGGGAAAGUUCGGCAUCAGGAGCCACCUGAGCUUGGCACCCCAGGACUGGGCACCGGGGGCUGUUUACACCUGCAGGGUGACCCACACCACCCAGACUCUGGCCCUGAACAUAUCCAAACCAGAGCUCCUUGGGGUGGAGGGUGUCUUCUUUGACGAGAACAGGUCUGAUCCCAUUCUGGCGGACACUGCAGACGAGAACUGGAACAUGGCCUGCAUCUUCCUGGUCCUCUUCCUCAUCUCCCUCCUCUACAGCUUCACAGUCACUCUGGUCAAGACAAAAUGAUGACUUCAGGACACUUCCAUAUGAUGGAUCCCUAGGAGUUCAACUGGAAAUGAAACCAUUUAUUUCAACCUUUUCUUAUACAAUCACAACACGUUUCUUUAGAAAAUUGCAUAGAUUUAAUUACUUACUGUAGCAGGUUUGAUGACAGGGAAGUGUUAUUGUUUUUAUUCCCCACAAAGACAGACAAUGUGGAGGUGCGCUUACUUGCUCUCAUCUCUUGUUAAUGCAUUAUAGAAUUUUUGAGCAGAGAUAAAAAAUUGAUAUUUAACCACUACUAAAUAAAGCAUACCAUAGCAGUUAUUG